AUGUCCCCAAUAGAAAUCGUUACUGAAUCAGUUAAUAAUGGGCGCACAGGUGAGCUUGAGUCUAUCCAAUAUACCCAAUCUCAAGUCGUUGGUCACGGCUCUUUCGGUGUCGUCUCCCAGACUCAGAUAUUGCCCAGCAAUGAAAUAGCCGCCAUAAAGCGGGUUCUUCAGGAUAAGCGUUUCAAAAAUAGAGAACUUCAGAUUAUGAAGUUGGUACACCACAGGAAUGUUGUAGAUUUGAAGUACUACUUCUACACAAACAACGACAAAGAUGAAUUGUAUUUGAACCUAAUUUUGGAGUUUGUUCCAGAGACUUUGUACAAGGCUUCACACUAUUACGUGUCUAAGCGUUUGUCAAUGCCAGCAUUAGAGGUGAAACUAUACACUUAUCAAAUGUUCCGUGCGUUGAAUUAUAUCCACACCCAGGGUAUAUGUCACCGUGACAUCAAGCCACAGAACUUGCUAAUUAAUGCGGAGACCGGUGUUUUAAAACUUUGCGAUUUUGGGUCUGCCAAGAUUUUGAACCCAGCAGAACCCAAUGUUUCAUACAUCUGCUCCAGAUAUUAUAGAGCUCCGGAGCUCAUUUUUGGCGCAACGAAUUACACCACCAAAAUUGAUGUAUGGUCUGCUGCAUGUGUCAUGGCUGAGAUGAUCAUGGGCCAACCGUUGUUCCCUGGUGACUCCGGUGUUGAUCAGUUGGUGGAGAUCAUCAAGAUCUUGGGCACACCAACCCGAGAACAAAUCAAAUGCAUGAACCCGAACUACACGGAAUACAAAUUCCCGCAAAUAAAACCGAUUCCGUUGUCCAAGAUCUUCAAGAAGAUGCCUACGGACUGCAUUAACUUUUUGGCUCAGAUAUUGGAAUAUUCUCCAAAUGAACGAAUCUCAUGUGCUCAAGCUUUGGCAGAUCCCUACUUCAACGAGUUAAGAAAAGAGGGUACCAUGUUGCCUAACUAUAGAAAGUUGUUCAGCCAGCAAUUCUACAGUACUUCAUCGCAUAACCCAUAUCAAAGCAAUGCUAAUUACCAGUUGUACUCAAAUCAGCCGGACUCUAGAGAAUUGCCUGAGUUGUUUGACUUCGACGACCGGGAGUUGUCAAUGGAGCCUAGUUUGAACCAUUUAUUGGUUCCAGAUUUCGCUCACAAACGGUUAAAGAUCACCAGGGGAUCUUCAUUGGAGGACUUCGCUCCGAUGUCCGAAGCCGAAAUGAAAGUCACAUUAGAGUAA